CUUUCACACUAAGUUGUGCAUUAAGCAGAAUCAUAAUCUUUCAUCACAUGCAUCAUAUGGCGCUUCUACUUGUCGCUCUCUUGGCUCUUGUUACUACAUUACCAUCGGUUACUGUUGGAGAAGUGCUUUCACCCAUUCUCGACGUUGCUUCACUGAACCGAACCAGUUUUCCCAAGGGCUUCAUUUUUGGGGCAGGAUCCGCAUCGUAUCAGUACGAAGGUGGGGCAAACGAAGGUGGCAAAGGACCAAGUAUAUGGGAUACCUUCACCCACAAAUAUCCAGAUAAAAUUGUGGAUAGAAGCAAUGGAGAUGUCGCAAAUGACCAAUAUCACCACUAUAAGGAAGAUGUUGGGAUCAUGAAGUAUAUGAAUUUGGAUGCUUAUAGAUUCUCCAUCUCUUGGUCAAGAAUUCUUCCAAAAGGAAAGCUAAAUGGGGGCAUAAAUCAAGAAGGAGUCAAAUAUUACAACAACCUCAUCAACGAACUAAUAGCUAACGGCUUACAACCAUUUGUGACCCUUUUUCAUUGGGAUCUUCCCCAAGCUUUGGAAGAUGAAUACGGCGGCUUCUUAAAUCCACGCAUUAUAAAUGAUUUUCAAGACUACGCGGAACUUUGUUUUAAGGAAUUUGGAGAUAGGGUGAAGUAUUGGGUUACUUUAAACCAACCAUAUACUUAUAGUACGGGUGGCUAUGCGAAUGGGGUAAAAGCACCAGGUCGAUGCUCUAAAUGGUUGAAUCCAAAAUGCACUGCUGGUGAUUCAGGGACAGAGCCUUAUUUAGUUUCACAUCACCAACUUCUUGCUCAUGCAGCAGUUGUCCAAGUGUAUAAGAGGAAGUAUCAGGCAUCUCAAAAUGGUGUGAUCGGCAUAACCCUUGUGUCUCAUUGGUUUGUGCCAAUUUCAAAUAACAAAUUAGAUCAAAAUGCUGCUGAAAGAGCAAUUGACUUCAUGCUUGGAUGGUUUUUGGAGCCACUGACAACAGGAAACUAUCCCCAAAGCAUGCGUUCCUUAGUUGGUAAACGAUUACCAAAGUUCUCUAAACAACAAACCAAGUCAAUACUCGGUUCAUUUGAUUUUAUUGGAUUAAACUACUACACCUCUAACUAUGCUAUCCAUGAACCUCAACUAAGGAAUGCUAAACCCAAUUACCUCACCGAUUUUCAAGCGAAACUCACGACUCAACGCAAUGGAAUUCCCAUAGGUUCAAAUGCAGCAUCAAGUUGGUUAUAUGUUUAUCCUAAAGGAAUUCAAGAAUUAUUGCUCUACGUCAAGAAAAAGUAUAACAAUCCUUUGAUUUACAUCACCGAAAAUGGAAUUGACGAGUUCAAUGAUCCAACGUUAUCAAUUGAGGAAGUCCUUAUAGAUACAUAUAGAAUUGACUAUUAUUAUCGUCAUCUUUUUUAUCUUAAAUCUGCAAUCAAGGAUGGUGCAAAUGUAAAAGGAUAUUUUGUCUGGUCGUUGUUGGACAAUUUUGAAUGGGCUAAUGGUUAUACAGUACGCUUUGGAAUGAACUUUGUGGACUACAAAAAUGGCUUAAAGAGAUACCAGAAACUAUCAGCAAAAUGGUUCAAGAAUUUUCUCAAGAAAUAUUAGAAUUUAGCUUGUUGGGUGUGAGGUUGUUUCGGUCUCAGCUAUGACAUCUCAUGUGGAUUUGACCUUACCUCCCCCGGAUAAUAUAUCAUCUGUCUUGUAAGGCUCUAUUUCAUGGAGUUAACUUUACAAUACAUGACUGGAAAUCUAAGAUUAAGUUUGGAAUGUUUUGCCUUAGUCAUUUGGAGAAUGGAUGUUCAGGAGUGUUUGUAAUGGUUGUCUCCUCCAGAUCCCCCAAGGCAUGUAGUCAACGAUCGUUCAUCUUUCAAAUACGCACAUGUGCAACAUAUGCUAGGAUGUAGAUAUGCUUAUUUUUUUUUUUCUUGCAAGUCUUUACUUAUGUCAUGAUAUUUAAUACAUUAUAGACCUUAUGGCGAGUUGUUGGCUUGAAUGGAACCCUGCAAGUUGAGCGUGGAUUCCAAGGACAACAUGGUUACCUAGUGUGUACUUUAGUUUCAGUUACUGGUUUUCAUGAAUAAUCAAUAUCUUAGGUAGCAUCUGAGCUUUACUUUAAUUCCA